AUGAGUCAAGCAAGCAAAAUAUAUGUUAUGGCAAAUGUUACAAUUCUUUGCAUUGAAAUAGUGACCAUAUUUUACUGCUAUGGAUGUUUGAUAAGGGAACUGUACUUUUCUAACAGAGUUUACCCGCAAACAGAAAAAGAUGCAUCGUCGGAGAAAAAGAAACUCGUUGUCACUUUGAUGUUGGCAACAACACCAAUGCUUAUUAGCUUCGUGCCACUUGUAGCUUUUUACACAUUUAUAGCGACACGAAAUGGGGAACAGUUAGAUAUAGACUACGAGUUAUAUUCUAAUCUAGUAGGUGUAUUUGAUUUUAAUAUGAUCGUUUUCAGUUUGUGUUUCAACCCGAUUAUUUAUGGUUUUCGCACUAGCAAAUUCCGUGAGCAGCUUAAAAACCAAAUUCGCUGCCGCAGACCGUCACCGCAGAAUGUGUAUCCAUGA